AUGGAUGAGAAGGCUAUCGAUUCAUCUGUGCCAUUGCUCCCUCUCCCGAUGCUCAAGGCCAGGGUUCAACUAUGGCACUGGUCCGAGAACGCUGGAGGAUGGUCAGUCGAGCUCAACAGCCAGCUCGCACUGCUAGCAAUGCAUCAUGCUCCUCCAAACUGGGAAGUCUGUCUUGUAGAGAGACCAGAUAGUUCCUGUCUUGCUGGUCAAACAUUUGUUGCCAUCGAGACCGAAUUUGUCCACACAAAAAUUGUCCACAAUGAUCCAAUGGCCCAGCGCGAAUGGAACACCCUUUGGAAAGUGAUUCUGGAGUUCACACCGAAGUUUUUCGAAGAGAUUAGAGGGAGAGCUAUCAUAGUCAAAAUGAUGUCACCAAACUUUUUGCAACAAGGUGAAAGGCUUUUCAUAUCCAUUGAAACUUAUGGGCCACUCAAGCUGCGAGAGCAAAUCGUUCCGACCCGUCGGCCCAAUCCUGGUUGGUUAGCGCGUUGGAAAAACAGGUUUUCUAUAUUCCUGACGAUUGCCUCUUACACUGGCUUUAUACCGUGGUCAUUUACUGCGAGGGGAAUAAUGGUCAUGGAGGCCACUUCUUCUAUAUUAGGAUAUAUGAGUGGAACAAAAAGCCUCCUGCUCUCAAAUGACCCUGUGCAAAGAGUUGCACAGACAUUAGGAAAAUAUCGCAACAAGUACGCGGCGUGGAACGACUACAUGUCGGAAACUCAACAAAUGCUAUGCCCAGACAUUGGCAUAAGAAGGAUAGAGGCCUGCCGAAACAUGUUGAUCGCAUUUGGCGAAUUCGAACAAGCCAUUCUGAGCCAUUUGACAGAAAACAUAGAGCCAUCCUUGGUGCGCUCUGGCAAAAAUGACCUUCUCCUGAAGGCAGGGGCUGCUGUUGUUGUACUCGGUGCUGUGGUAGGCCUUGGAGCCUGGUGGCUUGCUUACACUGCAACUUCGUACUGCGGCGGCUUUGCUGCUGUUGCAGGUGCUAUUUCCACGGUGGUCGGAUACGAUGAUCCAAAUCGAAGCGCUAGAAUCCUUGUUAAAAAUGUGCGAGACCUCCUCAAAUCGCUCAAAGAAGCUCUCCAUAAAGUCUACAUACGAAUGUGGGCCUCAUUCUAUCGGGACGACUUGGAAAUUCCUUUUGAUCAAAUGAGUGAAGAAGAGAGGCUUGAGCUUCUGAAGAGUUGUGGGGUUGAUCUCGCCUUCAUCCAAGAAACUGACUACCGGGAAGUUCUUGUAACGAGGGCAUUAUCCCAGCUCCAAAAUGAUAACGACGAGUUCAUGGUAGCUUUUCGUAAAACAUUUACCACAAUAGGUCAAGAAAUGAUUUUCCAAGAUGUCCCGGCGGAAUGA